UUAGUAAUUUAUAGUCGUUUAAAAAAAUUCAAAAUAUAACAUAUAAGAAAAAAUCUAAAUUUUUAUUAUAUGGUUAAUGAAAAAUAUUAUUUUGUAAACUAAUAAUCAAUUUUAUAGUUAGUUUAAUAAGAGUAUAAUAUAUGUUUAGAUAGACCAACAUAUUUUUUAAAGAUUCUAAAAAUCAUCUUAGUGAUAACACGUAUCUACCAAAAAAUGUUGUAAUAUUUUUCAACUAAUAUGUAAAGAAUUUCUGUUAGAGAAAAACUGUUUCCAUACUUCAUUGAAAUAGGAACUCUAUAGCCAAUAGCAUAAGAUUCAAAGAGAAUUAUAUUGUUUAACUCUAAAAGAAGCCAUAACGAUGUUCCAGUUGCAUUUGGCCAAAGCUGACAUUUAUUUACUCUUUUAUAAAGUGAACUUCUCAAACUUGAGUCUCAUAAGAUUACUUCAUAAAAUAUGUGUUCAUUAAGUUUAUAAAAGUGUAAAUAAAUAUGUUUUAUACGAUAGUUACUUCAUAAAAAUGUGUUCAUACUACCCGGAACGAGUUGGCUUAGCUGGAAAGGAUCUGAUGUAUUUGGGAAGAGAUCUCUGGUUCGAAGAAAUUUGAUAUCCAGAGAAAAGAAUUAAGCAACCGGUCUUUGUCUCCGGCUUUAGAAGAGUUAGAGCCAGUGGCCUGGAUCACCUCCUGGUUUAACAAAAAAAAAAAGGUGUUCAUAUGCAAUCAAAGGAUAUCAGUGUUUAUGUAUUUUCGGUGGGUAGUAAAUAUGGGCUUUCGAAUGGGCUAACGUGAUUCACUAAUUAAGUAGCAAAGUUUUUAAUGGGCCUCUAUACUGUUGAACACCUUUUAGAUGAAACCUUUUUCGUCAAAUAUGAAAUGAAUUAAUUACAGUCAGCGGGCUUAGAGGAAAUUUCAAAGAGUCGAAAAUGAAUAUUAAAUUUAAGAGUACAUUUUUAUAAAGAUAAUAUAUAUGUAAAUGCAUGAAUCUGUCUAUUAAUUGAUCGUAUAGACUUUAUAGGGUUUUUUUAUAAUACAAAUAAAUGAAAAAGUUCAUAAGAAUGUAUCCUUUUGGCACUUCUUGUGAUUGCUAAUCAUUCAAGUGCGCGACACAUCAGAUGCACUUACACCAGUUUAAAAAAAAAUUAAAAACACCUGCGCCGUUUGUUUGGUGUGUGUUUGGACCAAAGCAAGAGUUACAGUCUAUUGUUAAAGAAAGUAUGUUGACGUUUUCUUAACUAAUAUGCAAAGAUGACACUAUGACAGUCGGAUUUGAAACUUUUGACCGCUGAAAUAAACAUUUGUUCGUUGGUUAGUUAUAGAAUAAUCGUCUUCAUCUUGGUGCAGAUCCCUAAAAGCUGUAAUAUUACAUAGAAGCAAUAGUCUCAAUCUAUUGUUAAAGAAAAGUAUGUUGACGUUUUCUAACUAAGAUAUGCAAAGAUGACAUUCGGAUUUGAAACAUUUUACCGCUGAAAUAAACAUUUGUUCGUUGGUGUAGUUGUAGAAUAAUCGUCUUCAUUUUGGUGCAGAUACCUGAAACCUGUAAAUCUGUAAUAAUAUUACAUAGGAACAAUAGUCUCGUGCUUAACUCGAAUUUCAAUAAUUCAAGUGAGUACAAUAUAAACAAAGUAAAAAAUAAAGAAAACAGCCUUCAAUGAAGAAAGAACGUAGUAUUAUUUUUAUUUUUUCUUCGAAAACCGAACGUAGUAUUAAUUUUGUUUGCUUAACACGUAGUAUUAUUUCAUACACAUCUAGUUUACAAAAAAAAAAAAAAUUAUUUCAUACACAUCUCUCCAAAUCGUUCAUACAAAUAAAAUGGAUUAUGGAUGCGGUGAAAACAAAUGGACUGAGGCGUAGAAAAAUGGUUUGUUUGACUAAAUUGUACAUGACGCGUAAAAUAUUUAUAUUUCUCCCUAUUUAAAAUAGACAAAAAAAAUAUCACUAUCCGUUUUGUCAGGAUGCAUGCAUAUCACUAAUAUAUUAUAUUGUAUGUAUAAUAUAUGUGCUCUCUUUUCCCCUAUAUUCACUGUUGUCUUCUUUCUAGUUGUAUUUAUGGUCCCUAUGGGUGAUCUUCAGAUUCACCGGCCAAAUCAACAAAGCUCAAUUACUACUUCAUAUUUUUUUGGGUCAAAACUUACUACUUCAUAUAUGCGUCAGAUAUAUUAUCUAAUAAUUAACUUAACAGAUGCUCAUAUAUGCUCAUACAAAUCUUUUUCUUAACAUGUUAGGAAAAACAUUUAUUUGAAAAAAUCAAAUAUGUGCACGUGUAUAUACACUGCUCUAGCUCCUUUGUACAAAAAUAAUACUGCAUUUAAAUAUUAAAAUAAUAAUAAUGCAUAUAUGACCCGGUGCAUAUCACCCAAAAAGUUUUACAUUUGAUUAAGAUUAACUUGAGAUUAAAAAAUGUUUCAUAUAUUCAUAGAAAUUUAAUUCAUACAUGUUUAUCAAUUAUCAUAUUCAAUCGAAACAAAAAAAAACACAACAAGGGACUUCUAGAUAUAAUUUUAUAGCAAAUAACAAAUCUCAGAAUGCGAAGCUAUAUUCUGAAAGAACUGUAUUAUCUAUACCGCCAUACGAAGAGAGAGGAUAAAUGCCAGUUAAACAAUAUACUAAAUAACGAAUUUAAAAUGCAUCGUAACAAUCAUUUUAAUAAAAUAAUUACAUUUUACACAAUUGCCAAUUUGAUAUAAACGUUGUGUAUAUAUGCAGGUAUUAUAUUAAUAUCAUGUAGGUCAAUCUGUGUGCUUAUAUAAAAGACUAAAGAGAGAAGCCGUACGUUGUUACAGAGCAGGAGGACCACAUAAAAGAAGAUUACAGAGAAAGAAGUCUCAAUCUCUUACAAAAUUUUGGUCUUCAGGACCACAGAGAGAGUGGCUUGAUAAUCACUUUUUGUGAAUCCUCGUACCGCCUCUGCCGGAUCCCUAGCUAGAGGUAUAUUUUAUGCCUACUAUAAGACUUCUUUUUACCAAUGUCAAUGUUUUAUUUGUUCACUAAAGUUUCAUGACGUAUUGCUCGCAUAUAUUAACUAUAUAUACGCGGAGCUCUAUAUCCUACAAUAAGACAUCUAAUGACUAAUUAUUUAAUAAUUAGGUUUUGAAAUACAUCCUAAACAAAAAGGUGCAUGUAUCAUUAAUGUAUAUAUAACGUCCCAACUUUAGGCUUGUUUAUAUUAAUAUUUUGUAAUCUCCUGUUUAUAUUAGAUACUUUUGUAAGAUAGAUCACAAUAUUUCGGAUAUGUAUCUGCGUAGGCUUGUGGUACUUUAAGUAUAUGUAUAUUGAAUAAUAUGUAUAUUGAAUAAUGGAUAGUUUGGCCAACAUUGUACAGCUGUUCGGCUGUCAUGAGAACAUCUGACCAACCAAGUAAUAAAAUCUAUGACAGUAUAUGUUUGUAGAAUGGAUAACUCGUGAACGCGUAUACUAGUUACAUUAAUAAAAGUGUAAUCUAUAAGUGUAAAAAAUAUCUUUUAUGUAUUUAUUUUUAUAUCAAUUUAUUUAUUUUUCACGGAAAAGGGGCAAACAGCUGGGCAAGUUAAAAAAAAAAAAAAAAAAAAAAAAAAAAAAAAAAAAAAAAAAACAGCUGGGCAAGUUACAAGAGACAAGUAAUACCCAGUUGUAUCAACUCAGUCACAGUCGGUUAUAAUAAAAUAGAUAAAAUCAUUUGGACAAUCGUUACCUCUUUUUUUUUUUUGGAACACUGACAAUCGUUACCUCUUACAAAUACAAAAAUAUGAUGUAAGAAAAUAAAGAAAAAAAGCUAUACAGUGGACGCAAACUAGGUGUUAGCCUGUUAGGAUUCCUUUUAUUUAACAAGUCACGGGAGGAUUCUUUCACAACUCCUAGUAGUAGUUUCUCUGUGUUUCCUGACGUAGUGACGUGCAUGAAUUUUUCUUUUGGUAAAGACUGGCGUGCAUGAAUACUGAAAGGAAAUACAAUAAAACAAAUAAAUACGAAGAAAAAUUCAUCUAAAACUGUAGAUAAUAGGGAUAAUGGUGAAUCUCUUCCUAAUUUCAUCAGUAAUACUGUAAAUAAUAGGGAUAAAGGUGAAUCUCUUCCUAAUUUUAUCAGUAAUCCAUUUUCACACUAUAGGCAUAAGGCAUAUGUAUGCUGGUGUUAUCAUGAUCCUAUAAAGCAUAUGUACGCAAACAUCUAUCAUAUUUCAUCGCUAUUCACAUUUAUCAUAUAUACAAAUUCCCUAAAAUCAAGUGUCAGUUAACUUUGUUUUCUUGGUCAAAUAACUACAAAGGCAAAGACAAACAAUAUAAGUCGGUAAUAACUUCAACGGGUGGCCAUGUGAAAAGCAAGAAGAAGUACAGAGAAAACUGGGAUUUUAAAUAGUAUUUUGAGAUGGUAACAAUACAAAAAGAUAUAAUGAAACAGCUAAGAAAGUAACAUCGAUCGUCAAAAACCCGAAUGCAUCUGAAAGAAACAGAUUGUCGCCUAUUGUAUCUUUCAACACUCUAGCUUUUAACGUAUAUUAUAUUCACAUGUAUGCACACUUACCAAUACAUACACUGCAUACGGUACACGAACAACUUUUUAACGAUCAAAAGGAAGUAUUCCCUUAACAUAAUCUACCAAAAUUUAGGUGUUCAAAAAAACAAAAUCUACCAAAAUUUAUGAUAUAUAACUUUUUUUUAAAUGAUAUUUUUGAUGGGGUCUAAAUGUCUAAUUGAUAACUAAAUGGAUGAUUUUGAUUAUCAUACUACAGUUGGUUUGUGUUUACACAAACUUACGUAUGUUUUUUUUGUUUACUCGUCAUUUUGAAUUUUAGAUUUUAUAGUUGAAUACAUUAUAUACUGUUUGAUGUGUUUUGUCUCAUCAUUCGAAAUCUCAAAUCAAAGACGAAUUCUACUCUUGACUCGGACAAACAAAAUAUGUUUGGCCUCUAUUGCAUGACGUCAUGAUAAACUUACAAUUAUCUAAAAGCAACCAGGUUCGCCGAUGGUUUUUUUUUUUUUUUUUGAUAACAUAUUUGCUAUUUAAUAAAUUUAUUAAUAGCCGAUAAAAUACUUAUCACGUUUUAUCAUAUUUACAGCAGAAAGCAGGACAAUCAUAACCGGUAUUUUUCCACUUAACUAUUUCCCGGUUUGGGCCUACGAGUGUUUCACAAUACCUUUUUGUUACGUUACAAAUAGUGUACAUACUUUUUCUCGGAACCGUUACAGUAACACCGGCCUUCCCUUUUUAAAAAUUUUUAUGUAUUAGAUUCUAUCACGAUUGAUAAAUUAUAUGUAUAAUUUUCUCAUUAGAUUUCACAUCAACGAUGGGCAAACCAGUUAGUAGAUUAUAACAUCCAUGACGUAAUAUUGGUAAAAAAAACAUGACGUAGUUUUGGUAAGAAAAUAUGACGUAGAAUAUAAUCAAGAACACAAGUAAAAGAAUUUUAUAAACUGGGUUGCAUAUCAUUUGCUUUGGUGAUUAUUGUGAAUCAAGAACACAGAUAAAAUAAUCUUUAGAAAUUCAAAAUUGCGGAAAACGCAGUUUUGAUUAUGAGUUGGUUCAAUAAUGCAACGUUGAGAUCAUUCCUAGCUAUUGCUUGGUAUAUCAUCAAAUAUGUGCAAGCCCGGUUUAUAUAAAUUCGUCUGCCUCUUGGAACACGUGUUAACAAAUCGACCGUACUUAUAUACAAAAUUAUUAUAUUUAAUUAAUGGAGAACACUGAACACUACAGUAGUGUAACUUAAUAUCUAAGUUAAAACAAAAAAAAAAAGUUUAUUGAGAAACCAGAAAGUUUCUCCUAUAAAUUCACUACAAAGAACUCCCACAAGUCACCACAGAAUCUCCUUUUUUUCUCAAUACCAUAAAAACACGAGAGAGAAAAAAAAGUUUGAAGUAAAUAUGGAUCAAGAAGGAUCACCACAAAGUAGGCAAGGUCGUUCUCCCUCCGCCACAACGAACUCUACGGAACCGGUCCGGACACGUUGGUCACCUAAACCGGAGCAAAUCUUGAUACUCGAAUCCAUCUUCAAUAGUGGUAUUGUUAACCCACCAAAAGAUGAAACGGUAAGGAUAAGAAAGAUGCUAGAAAAAUUUGGUGCAGUGGGAGACGCAAACGUCUUCUACUGGUUUCAAAACCGGCGGUCACGAUCUCGCCGGAGACAGCGGCAACUUCAAGCCGCCAAUGCUGCAGCCAUCGCCACCAGAGGAGUUGAAGACCCCCAGCACAUGACUACCAUGAGCAUGCAUCAUCCUUAUCGCAACAACGAGAUUGAUUUGGGAUUUGGAAGUUGUAGCAACUCGUCAGCUAAUUACCUUUUUAACGAGUCUUCAUCUCAAGUCUCUUCAUUUCUACUCGGCCUCUCUUCUUCCUCAACAAAUGGUGGAUGUGAAAGCAACAAUGGCAUGGGUGAUCUCUUCACAAUGUAUGGCCAUGAAUCUGAUCAUCAUCAUUUUCAUCAUCCCCAGCACAGCUCAAAUGAUGCAUCAAUUUCAAGCCCAUCUGAUCAGAACUCCAGCAUCCACUACCAACAAGGGUUAAUGACGGUGUUCAUAAACGGAGUUCCUACGGAAGUAACAAAUGGAGCAAUAGACAUGAAAGCAAUGUUCGGUGAAGAUUUGGUGUUACUUCAUUCCUCCGGUCUUCCUCUUCCUACUGAUGAGUUUGGCUUCUUGAUUUCUUUACAACAUGGCCAAUCUUAUUUCCUGGUAACUAAAUUUAGUUUGUUCUUAUCUAAUAUAUUUUAUACAUAAACUAUUAACAAAAGUAUUAAUAAUAUAAAUAUAUUGCUUAAUGAUUUUCAGACCAUUUUGUGUUAGUUACGAGAUAAUCUGAUUUUUCCUAUAAACUUCCACUCCCUCCGUUUUAAUGUUUCAAUAUGAUGUUUCAAUAUAAAUGAUGUUUUAAAAAAAAUAUUUUGUUUCAGUUUACAUGAAGUUUUGAGGUUUUAAGAUUAAUUUUAACUUUAUUAGAAACUGUUCAAUCAAUUAUAUUUUACCGUUUUUUUAAAACUAUAUUUUUGAAAAUAUUUUUUUUUUAAAUUUAACUUUCUUAAUCUCUGUGCACUAAGACAAAACAUCAAAUAUUAUGAAACGGACGAAGUAAUACACAGUAAUACACAAUGUGUAGAAGAUUCGCUGAAACCUAAUUUUGGUCAAGUCCUAAUUAAAUGUCUGCUAAAUUAAUCUCAAGAAACCAUUUCACUCUGUAACUAGCUGGAGCAUAAAAGUUUCUGCAUAAAAUAUAGUUAAAUAUAUCUCAAUUUGAUGAUUGUCGGUUAACUGAAUAUCAUAUUGUUGUAGAAAUUAAUAUCUGUAACUGAAGUUCUUUUAUUUAAACUAAGUUAAGAUUGAUGUCAGCUCAUGUACACACUUAUAUAAGUAUAUAUACAAUUGUAGGUUAACAUAGAAAAUAAUAUAAAUAUAUUAUAAAAUUGUAAAAGUACAUGGUUUCAAAACAAGUAUGUAUUUAUUUUUUAUAGAUAAAGAAUAUAGCCUGUUGUUCGAAAAAAAAAUAUAGCUAAAGAACAUGAACCAAUAAAUGUGACUUGUGAGUAUUUUGGUAGAAGAUUAAGUGUUUUAGUGAGUUCAUUGGCAAAAGAGACCUCGGGAAAUUAUAUUCUCUCUUGGUCAAAUAAAUAGACGAUGUGAACACUUUCUAGAAAUAUAAAAUGUUUUAAUCAUUCCUUGUUAGGGUUUUUCGAUAUUUGUCAUCAAUUAAUUUAACUAACACAAUUAUAAUUAUAGAUAUUUUAUUUAACAAAAAUUAAUUUUAAAUAUUUGUUUAUUUGAUUUCGUUUUAUCAUCGACAGGUACCAAGACAGACAUGAACUGGCUAAGCUUGUGUGCAACUUGCAAGUUGCAACAUAUACAGUCGAUUAUUUUGUUUUUACUUGUAUUGAUUUUGCGUCCACCGUGUAUAAAUGUAGAUUAAUAUAUAUGUUGGACUCGUCAGAUAUUUUGUUUUCUUGUCGAUU